AUGGCGACAAACAAAGGGGCGUAUCCGAAACUCCCCCAAAAGCUCCUCCUCAUCUCUCUGAAGAUGUACUUUACCCCGUCCCGCACCCUGAACUACCUGCGCGGCCUGCUUGACCCAAAGAACGAAAUCGUCGUCCCGAAGAACCGAUCCAAGAUCCUCCUCGCCCUGAUCCCCGACUUCCUCACCGUCUACCCAAGCGCGGAGAUCAUUCGGGAUUGGCAAUCGAAUCUUCCGGAUGCCAAUGAUCCCAACCAGCCGCCGCUAUUCUUGUUGGGAGCCCAGGACUCCUUCUGGGAACCGCUGGGCGCCUAUACCGGUGAGGUCUCACCACUCGCACUCCGUGAGGUGGGCGUAUCCAUCGUCGAGUUGGGCCACGCCGAGCGGCGUUCGAUCUUCGGGGAAACGGACGAGCAGACUGCCAAAAAGGCCGCUGCAGUCUCUGCACAAGGCUUAAUACCGCUUGUGUGUAUCGGAGAAGUGAGUCCUCCGGGCCCAGUGGCAUCUGAAGCUAUUGGCCUCGCCGUUCGCGAAUGUGAGGUCCAGGUCCGCGCAGUGUUGGACGCCAUUCCGGCAGAUGCACCGGUGAUCUUUGCAUAUGAACCCGUAUGGGCGAUCGGCAAACCCGCCCCAGCCGGCGUGGACCACAUCUCUGCCGUCGUAGACGGCAUUCGGGCCGUCAUCGGGAAACGGGAAGGUGACGUCAAGGUUCUAUAUGGCGGCAGCGCAGGCCCCGGUCUUUGGGGCAAAGGAGGCCUUGGUAAAGCCGUGGACGGAAUGUUCCUGGGCAGAUUCGCCCACGAAAUCGAGGGCGUUAGGAAAGUUGUGAGAGAGGUCGAAGAGAGCCUCUGA